AUGACCGAGUCACAACAUAGGCCUAAGAUAUUUGGCAUGACAGCAUCCCCAGUUGAUGCGAAAGUUGAUGUGGUAACAGCUGUAAAAUCCCUGGAGAUGCUUCUCGAUAGCCAGAUUGCAACUACCUCUAAUUGGGAUGCUUUGCGGCAAUCGGUAGCUCGGCCAACCGAACAACAAUGGGUCUACGAUAGGCUGGAUCCCGCUUUUGAAACCGACUUAUACAAAAGCAUGCAUUCACAAUUUGGGAAUAUUAGUGUACUCAAGAAGAUGUUCAUCUGUUCCUUGGAGGCCACCUCGACGUUGGGGAGAUGGUGCUCUGAUUGGUUGUGGACUAUCGUAUUGGACGAGCCCUCAUUGCCUAAAUUGGAAGGGAGCAUAUCUAGGCGUUAUAUGCGUACCAGUUCUGGAAAUCACACUAAGGGAGUUGACGAAAUGAUUAAGAGUCUUCGCGAAGCUGUGAAGGUGAUAAAAGAUCACACCUUUUAUACUCCGGUUAACUGUCCCGAACAUCUCAGCCCAAAGGUGCGACUGUUGCACCAUCAGCUUUCAAAGUACUUUGAAAGGCACACAGACACAAAAUGCAUUGUCUUCGUGGAGAAGCGGCACUCUGCGAGGCUAUUAGGAGAAUUGUUUUCACGAAUAGGGACGCGGCACAUGCGGACGGGUGUGCUUAUUGGUGUUCGCCCUGACGAAGCUGGCGGCGAAAAGGUCUCCUUCCGACAGCAGUUUUUGACAUUGCUGAAAUUUCGUAAAGGAGAGCUUAACUGCUUGUAUGCGCACAUGAUGGAACGAGAUAAUCUCAUUCAUCAACGGUGCCUUGAUGAAGUUCAGGAGGCAGAAAACAUCAUGCGGCAAUUUUGCGAAUCUCUCCCUGAAGACAGAAUUAUCCGUGGUACAAGCGACGAAUUGGACAAGUUUUUGGAUAAGGAAAGACGCCGUAAAACUUUCACCGUUUCCAGCACUGGCUCAAAGCUAACUUACAACUCUGCGCUUGCGGUCCUUGCACAUUAUGCAAGUUCUUUGCAAUACGAGAAUGAGAUGUCAACCCGAGUAAAUUACUUCAUUCAUAGAAUACGGGGUGCUUUCGUCUGCGAGGUCGUGCUCCCCGAGAAAUCUCCUGUCCGAGGCUUGACGGGAAGACCAGCAGUAGCGAAGCUGUCUGCCAAACAAUCCGCCGCAUUUGAAACAUGCUUGAUACUCAGGAAGAACGGGCUUCUCGAUGACUACUUCCUGUCUAAGUAUCACAAAAGACUGCCGCUUAUGAGGAACGCGAAAUUGGCUAUCAAAUCGAAGAAAACGAAUCAAUAUGGCAUGAUGGUGAAGCCAAAAUUGUGGGAGAAGUCUCGUGGCAUGACCCCUUGUGAGGUUUAUGCGACUGUUUUGACCUUGCGGCCCUCUGCGAAGUUACGGCGCGUGCAUCAACCUCUCGUGUUGUUAACACGGGAAUCACUGCCCAAAUUUCCUGUAUUUCCGCUGUAUAUUGAGACUGACAUAGAGUGCGAUGUUGUUUCAAUCCCUCUACGAGCGUCGAUGCAGGUUUCGCAGUCUGAGUUGGACCUGUUCACCACGUUUACGCUUAGGAUUUUCCAGGAUUUGUUCCACAAGGUAUACGAUCACCAGCCGGCCAUGAUGCCAUACUGGCUUGCACCGAUAAGCUUGGAAUAUGGGAACGUAUUGGAGGAUUCAAACCUGCGACAACUUAUUGACUGGAAAAUUAUCCAGUAUGUUCAGGAGAACCCGGAAAUCUGCUGGACCUCCGACAUGCCACGCAGUUCUUUGGAAAACAUAUGUAUGUUCGACAAGUGGGAUGGCAGAUAUCGCUAUUUCACGUCUGAAUUGGAACUAAACCUUCGUCCCUCAGAUCCACCGCCACCAACUAUGGCAAAAAGAAGUUUGUAUAAGAAAUCUCGUCUAAACUUUCUUGGGACAUGUGAUUGGAACCAGCCGGUUGUUCGUGCAGAGUUAGUUCGACUUCGCCGAAACCUCUUGGAUAGGACGACGGAGCAGGAGAAGGGGGUAGAGACGGCUUAUUAUAUUUGUCCGGAGCCCCUGAGGAUUUCUGCUUUACCCGCGCCGGUGGCUGUAUUUGCGUUUACUUUCCCAGCGAUGAUUAGUCGCAUUGAGUCCUAUCUGAUUGCUCUCGAGGCAUGCAACAAACUACAGUUGACCAUCAUUCCGGAACUCGCUCUCGAAGCUCUGACAAAAGACUCGGACAAUACAGAAGAACAUCGAGCGGAACAGAUUCAUUUCCAGCGUGGAAUGGGCAAGAACUAUGAGCGCCUGGAGUUUUUGGGGGACUGUUUUCUGAAGAUGUCGACGUCGAUAUCGCUGUUUGCGAUGAACGCUGACAACGACGAGUUCGACUUUCAUGUCAAAAGGAUGUGUUUGAUCUGCAAUCAAAACUUAUUUAACACUGCGAUGAGUCUUGGAAUCUAUGAGUUUGUCCGCACCCAGGGUUUCUCAAGACGGAAUUGGUAUCCUGAGGGUAUUAAGCUUCUUCAAGGUAAGGCCAAGUCUGAAACAGCAGAAAAAAAACAUUCUUUAGCCGAUAAAUCAAUUGCGGAUAUCUGUGAGGCUUUGAUCGGUGCCUCCUUGUUGUCUGGGGGAAGAGUCCAUCGGUUUGACACCGCGGUCAAAGCAGUCACUGCUUUCGUGAACAGCGAGAAUCAUCAGGUCUCGGACUGGCAGAGCUAUGUCGGAUUGUAUUCAUUGCCUCGUUAUCAGAUCACAGAGGCGGAUGAUACUCAACUGGACCUGGCUCAACAGAUUGGGGAUCGUCUGGGCUACCGUUUCAAGUACCCAAGGCUUCUCUCGUCUGCGUUCACCCACGCUUCAUACCCAACGGUAUGGAGUAAAGUUCCGUGUUAUCAGCGACUAGAGUUUCUGGGGGAUUCGCUGCUCGAUAUGGUUUGUGUCGAACAUUUGUAUCACAAAUACCCCGACCGGGAUCCUCAAUGGCUCACGGAACAUAAGAUGGCUAUGGUCUCCAAUAAAUUUUUGGGUGCAGUUGCUGUUAAGUUGGGGUUACAUAGACAUCUCCUUUAUUUUAGCAACGCUCUUUUGGGUCAAAUUACUAGAUAUGCGGAGGAAAUUGAAGCUACAGAGACUGAAAGCAUCGAUUCACCAGACUUUUGGACAACGACCAGUGACCCUCCGAAGUGUCUGCCAGAUAUGUUGGAGGCAUAUAUCGGCGCAAUAUUUGUCGAUUCGAACUUCAGUUUCGAGGUGGUGGAAGAUUUCUUCCAGCAGUACCCCAAAAAGUACUUCGAGGAUAUUAGCAUUUACGAUACUUUUGCUAACAAGCACCCAACGGCAUCCGGUGAGGUAGACUUUGUGGAUGCCGCAGAGUGCCGGGUGUUUGCAGCGGUUAUUAUUCACGACGAGUUUGUAGCAGAAGGCAUUGCAUCCUCCGCAGGGUAUGCAAAGGUUAAAGCCAGCGAGAACGCACUUGCGAAAUUGGAGGGGCUUCCAGCGUUCAAGUUCCGGGAUAUAUACCGCUGUGAGUGCGUGGCAACAAAUAAAGGGAAAGGCGGAGAGAAAAGGAUAGAAAAAGAAGAGAGAUGGCUAUAUGCGGGUAAUUAA